ACUCCCAUAAUGCACUGCGUUUUCAAAAUGUCGCCCUCUUCGUGACCUGACUUCUGUGCCACCAGACGACAAAGCAUAGCUUAAUUUAGCAAAUCAGACGGUCUAAAUAAAUAAUUUAAUUUACUGAAGCAUGAGACUUCUGAUUACAGUUGCCAGACGUAUUCAUAAACGGCCUCUGUACACUCCCACAUCAUGUCUAAGUUCGGCAGCGAGUUGCUCCGGGACUGCUACUAACAGCGGCCUGCAGUUCAGAGAUGACCAACUGGUCUGCGGUUCGACCGGAGAGCUGGUCCAGAGGCUUCGCGGUCAGGUGGAGGUGAGGACGGAAUUCAUAAGUGAGGAAGAGGAGGGUGCUCUCAUGAAAGAACUUGAGCCUGGGCUGAGGAAGAAACGAUACGAGUUCGACCACUGGGACGAUGCGAUUCAUGGUUACCGGGAGACAGAGCGUGCUCAGUGGGGAGCGGUGUGUGAGGGGGUGAUGGAUCGCCUCCGAGCUGUGGCUUUCUCUGAGGGCAGCCCCCUCCUAGGCCCUGUGCAUGUCCUGGACCUGGACAAGGCUGGAUACAUCAAACCACACAUCGACAGUGUCAAGUUCUGUGGCAGCACUAUAGCAGGGCUGAGUUUGUUGUCAGACAGUGUGAUGCGCUUGGUGAGGGAGGAUGAACCCACUGAAUAUCUGAACUUGUUUCUGCCCCGUCGCUCUCUCUACAUACUCAGGGACCAGGCCAGAUAUAAGUUCACCCAUGAGAUCCUUAAAGAUGAUGAGUCUCUUUUCUCUGGACAGAGAGUUCCCCGCCAUCGCCGCAUCUCUGUCAUCUGCCGGAACCUUCCUGUUUGAAGCAUGAGAGCCAAGUGGAACACAACUGUGACAGUCUCACUGGCAGUAGCCAGAGCUCGGUAUUUUAAAUGUCAAGAACGUCACUAUGUUAAAAUUUGAUGUACACGCUUUCUCACUGUGCGAGAGACUAUGUUGGGAAAGAUGAUUUAGAUGUUUCCCUUAUCAGUUUUCAUUGGAGCACUUCAUAAUAAACUACCUGUACAGGAUUUGAUUCUGAAUUAAAUGUUGGGAAGGCAUUCAGGUAUGAUGCAUUUCAAAGGGUCAUAAUGCAUUACAAGACUUGUCAUAAGUAUCUAUGAACUUCUUAUGCUAAUUAAUAUUAUAUAAUGAAUCUGAGUUAUUAGCCUUUUCAAAAAUACCACGUAGAAAGGCAAGUUGAUAAUUUGUAGGAGAAGCAGUUGAAGGAGAACCUGCAUUUUCUGGUGAGCUUCACUACCCAACUAUCCAAGAUCUGUAUUAGGUCAUUAUCAAGUGCGUUGAAUUCUUAGAGCUAAAUGGAUACUUCAAAUAGUUAUAGCCCUAUAUUCUUCACCACUUCUAGAAGGCUACAAUGCGGAGCCUGGAAAUAACUGGUGCCAUUUUUUAAAGAAUACUUGUUAACGACAACUCCAGUUACUGAAGGCGUAUCUAUAAUCUGUAACUCUUUGUCCGUCCAUCUGAAUUGUUUAAUGUGUGGAUAUCUGUAGAAAACGUCUGAGCCUAAAUCUUCUCCAAACCGGCACCUAUAACCAGAGGAGUCAUGCCCAUAGGGGGCACAAGGGCACGUGCCCCCUCAGAUUUAUCCUGUUAAAAAAAAAUAGAUAUAUAUAUAUAAUAAUUAAAUUAAUGACUCAACUUAAUUUUAAGCCCACAUUUUGUCAUAAUUGUUUAUAAAAAAAGAUCUGUCAAUGGUAUUUAGUAUUUUAUUAGGAUCUCCAUUAGCUACUGCUAAAGCACCAGCGACCCUGGUCCACAAAAACAUUAUGUAAUACAUCACAAGGAUAGAACUACAAUACAUACAUUUAAAAUAAUACACACAUGAUUGCAAGUGCAAUACACAAAAAUGGAAAUUAAAUAACAAGGAGGUUCCCCUGAUGUGAAUAUAUCAACCUUGUUUUGCUAAAUUCCCCUGAUGUGAAUAAAGCUACUUUGUUUCUACA